UAUUUUUUUUUACAUUACACAUAUUUAUAAUCAUAAAAUUUUACUUACAAACCUUCAUUGCAAUCAAAUUAAUGGUUGGAAAAUAAUAUAUGAUAGACCCAUAUGCCUUACCAACACUCCCCCAAAAUCCCACAUGCCUUGGCACCGUCCCAUUUGAGCCCUAACCGACUCACAGUGCGAUAGCUUUAUAGUUUCCGGUGGUGUCGCAUGGGGAGACGGAGCUUGUAGAGGAGCUUUUGGGGGUAUAGUGAAUUAAGAGGAACAUGAAUAGUAUGAUCAUAAACAUUGUUGCUUGUAAAAGUAUAUUGUAUAACAUUUCUCUUUCCUCCUCCUUCCUCGAUGUAUGUUAAUUCAGAUUUGAGACUGUGAAAUAAAAACUUGGGGAUAUUGUACGUACGAAUUUUUUUAACAAAAAGUAUUCAGGAUCCGAUGGUAUCAUUUAUUAUUUAUCAAUAUAUAAUUAUUAUUUUAACUAUUUUGUUCUAAUAAAUUAAAAUUUUAGAAUAUUUUUACUCGGUAACAAGUUCUGAUAUUUGGCUGAUGCUAAUACAGGUCAGAUUCGCUCUUAUAGACACUCAUAUAUCCAAAAAGAUACUCAACGCAUUUGUUUCGGCAAAGAAAAUUGUAAUGGGCGAGCUAAUAGAUGAAUGGUUUCCGGUGGUAGGAACAGAUGGGACUCAUACUGCAAUAAGAUUGCAAAUUACAUUCACUCCAUGCAACAUAAAUCCAAUUUACGCAAAUGGCAUCGCAGAAAACUACGCAGUAAUGUGUAGUUAUUUUCCGUUGCGGCAUGGAGGAAAAUUAACUCUUUAUCAAGAUGCACACGUGAUUGAUGGGAGGCUGCCUGAUAUCAAGUUGGGUGAUGGGAAAAAUUUUGAGCACCAUAAGUGCUGGGAGGAUAUAUGCCAUGCAAUAUUGGAGGCACAAAAUUUGGUAUAUAUUGCAGGGUGGUCGAUUUAUCAUAAGAUAAUGUUGGUGAGGGAGCCUAGUAAACCAUUGCCGAAUGGUGGGGAUUUGAAUUUGGGGGAGCUGCUCAAGUACAAGUCUCAACAAGGGGUGAGAGUUGUGCUACUAAUUUGGGAUGAUAAAACUUCACAAGACAAGUGCCUUUUUAAAAUUGUAAGAAAUUGAUUUUGAAUUGUUACAUUUUUUGUAGUGUAUACGUAGUAGUUACUGUUGUAGAUUGUUCGAUGAUAUAUGGUUGAUAUAUUUUGGUACAGGGCGGAAUGAUGCAAACUCAUGAUAAAGAAACGCGAAAAUUUUUCAAGCACUCUGGUGUCACUUGCGUGUUGGCUACUCGUUACAAAAUUUUUAAUAUCAUACCACAUGCAUUCUUUACACACUAUUUACUUUAAAUCAAUUCACUUACACAAAUGCCUUAAUAAACUCGAAUUCUGGUGAUUUUCAGAAAAAAAUUAGAGAAUGAUCAUUUGUAUUUAUUUUUUUAAUCUAUUUAGGUUUGUCGAAUCAUCUACAGUCAACAUCAGAAAUGUGUGAUAGUAGACGCCAAAGGCCAUGAAAAUAACCGAAAAAUAAUUGCAUUUCUUGGUGGUUUGGACCUUUGUGAUGGGCGAUAUGAUACACCGGAUCAUCGAUUAUAUAAUGAUAUCGACACUAUCUUCAAGAAUGAUUAUCAUAAUCCAACAUUUUGUGUAAGUUCUUCAUUUAAAUCUCCCACUAAAAUUCUUCAUACUUUCAGUAAUGCACUUAUCAUAUAGUUCAAGGAACAUGAUUAAUGAGGAAAUUAAAUGAUAGGAUUUUGAAACAAUUCAUUAAUCUUAUGUGUAAUUUGUAGAUAACAAACAAUAAUGACCAAGUAUUCUUGAGCUAAGAGCCAUAAUGUUCGUUAUAUUGCUUCAAUAUAUUCGUAAUAAUGUGUUAUAGUAUCUUAAUGGAAAACAUAAAAUUAUUCUCUGCUCAUAUUAUGUUGGAAAGUUACAUCACAUAACUUAUUAUGUGACUUUUUUCUCUCUCGAAUAAUUUACUCGUCCUCCAUCAAAAGGGAAUACACUUUCUUGCAUUCUUUUCGUGCUUUGUUCCACAUUGUUGUAAAGAAAAAUUUGGCAUGAAUGUGGAUGUUAUCGUCAAUAUACCAGUUUCUGAAUUUGCAGUAAAAGUGCUGAUAAACAUGUGAAUAAAUUCACUAAGUUACACCUUAAUUUUCAUGUGGUGUAAGUUAUCUCAUGUAAUGAUUUGUAUUUAUAUUUCUCAAUAGCAAGGAAAAAAAGGCCCAAGACAACCGUGGCAUGAUUUACAUUGCCGAAUCGAAGGCCCAGCUGCUUAUGAUGUGCUCAAGAACUUCGAGCAACGGUGGAAAAAAGCAACUGAAUGCUCUGAGUUUACAAGGAUUUGUAAAUUAAUAUUAGGGUGGCAUGAUUAUAUUUUAGUUGACAUUGAACACAUUUCGCAAAUAGCUAGUCCUUCCGGAACUAUUCCCAAUGACCAUCCAUCAUUAUGGGCCUUCAAGGAAAAUGAUCCUGAAAACUGGCAUAUUCAGGUAAUGCACGUCUUACUAUUGUAAAAAAAAAAAUAUUAUAUUCAUAACUAGGUAUUAAAACUUGAUCUUGUGUUUAUUUUGAUUUGAAUAGAUUUUUCGCUCUGUGGAUUCAGAAUCAGUGGAAGGGUUCCCCACAAAUGUCUUUGCAGCAAAGGAACAAGUAAUUAUAAGUCUUCAGUUUUAUCGAACUUCCUAUUUGUGUUAGCUAUAUUUUUUUUAACUUCUCUAUAAUCUCUCGUCAAUAAGUUCAUGAAUAUUUUAUUCAUUCCAGAACCUCGUGUUUGAAAAAAAAUGGGCAAUAGAUAGGAGCAUCCAAAUGGCCUAUAUCCAGGCAAUAAGAUCUGCUCAACGCUUCAUAUUCGUUGAGAAUCAAUAUUUUAUUGGAUCAUCUUUCGCUUGGCCCUGUAAUAAAAAAACAGGUAAGUUGUUUGUAAAAAUAUUUAUCUUCAUUUUACUAUCCAAAUAAUAUAUCCAUUUAUUCUGCAACGUUAAUUGAUUUGAAGUCCAUUAAAAUGUACGAUCUAGAUAAUCUUUUGUAUAAACAGUUAUAUCACAGUCUUUUAAUAACAAUACUUGCUAUGUAAUUUGAAUAAAUAAGCUUGCUUAAGGUAGAUUGAUAUACAGGUUAUUAACAAGAGAUAUUUUGAGAAAGUUUGGCCUAUAUUUUCAUUUUGACCUAACUUCGGGGGUGUAAUAUAAACUAGAUCAAAAUAGUUGACCUUUUAGCCUAAUAACUUCAUUCUAAUUAACAACUUUCUGAGCUGUUUCUAUUGCAUUUAAUGUUACAUAAAUGUCCCAUAAUUGUUUUUGUCAGGUGCUAAUAAUUUAAUCCCAAUGGAAUUGGCGUUAAAGAUCGCCAGCAAAAUAAGGGCAAAUGAGAGAUUCGGUGUAUAUGUUAUCAUUCCCAUGUGGCCGGAGGGUGAACCUUCUAGUUCCUCUGUACAACAAAUUUUGUAUUGGCAGGUAAUGUCUUAAUUUAAACUAAGAAAAAUAUCAUUUUUUUGGUCAUCAGUCUUUUAACUAUAAAGCUUAUUUGAAGAACUUAACUAAUGGGUUUGUUACAUACGUUUUGCAUUAUGCUGCAUCUUUUCUUGUUUAUGUUCUACUUAUACGUCAUUUUCUCUAAUUAAUUGUUCACCACUAUAGAGACAAACAAUGCAAAUGAUGUAUAAAAUUAUCGCUGAAGAGCUCAAAUCUUCCAAUGUUGAGAACGCACAUGCAACCGACUAUCUGAAUUUCUACUGUCUUGGUAAACGAGAUGAUGGACAUACACAAGAAUCGUCCAAUGUAAGUUAGAUAUUGUAAUUGUCCUUCAAUUUGAUGUAUUAUGACUGCGCUAGUAUUUUGUACAUAUUAUGUGGGCUCUUACCUGAAUUGAAGUGACACAGAACACUUACACACACAAUGUGAUGACUGUUUUAUAUUAAAUUCAUGUUAAAUACUUCACAUCAUCCAACUGUUUUUUCAUUGAACCCAUGUUACAUUAGUGAUAUAUAUGCUUGUCGAUAUAAUUUUUUUUCUUAGAAAAGUCAGAGGUGCUACCAUUGAUUCGAACAUAACUAAUCACACAUGUUCAUGCCAUGGAACUAAUUUACAUUUUCUCAUCAAGUUUUGGUUCAAAAACAUUUACUUAUUCCCAAGUUUAGGAAUUUGGAGUUUCAAUCAAUUAUAUUCAGCAGUAUAUUAAUGAAGAGCAACUAUAUGGCAGGAUUCAGCUUCAGAAGCAUUUAGGCGAUUUAUGAUAUAUGUGCAUUCCAAGGGAAUGAUAGUGGAUGAUGAGUACAUAAUUAUUGGUUCGGCCAACAUCAAUCAACGGUCGAUGGCGGGUCAUAGAGAUGUAGAGAUUGCUAUGGGAGCUUAUCAGCCCCAUUAUACAUGGAUCAAGAAGAAAGAACAUCCACUUGGCCAGGUUAUAAGUCUUGUCUUUGUU